GGCCAAUCCUGAUGCACAGAUCGGAUAACAAUGGCGAGUUCAGCUGAACAAGGAGACAAGUACCGGGAUUUCAUGUAUGGCGAGGGUGAAAAGGACACCGUGUGGAGGUUCGGAGCUCCUCCGAACUAUGAUGUCGUCAACAAGCUUUUCGAAGAAGGUCGAACGCAGGUGUGGCCGGUGGGUUCGCUGGAAGAGAGGGUGCAGCGGCUGGUGAAGACAUGGGAAAUGGAGUUGGUCCACAAGGUGCGGCCGGAGGACUACAAGUCCAUCAAUCCACAGAAGUUUCGGCUCAGCCUUAAUGGAAAGGAAGGACUCACUGUACAACAAAUCCGGGACAUGGGAGGAAGCUACAACGCCUUCCUGCAGACCAGCCUGCCUCCAGAGCUUCGGAUCUACGACCCGUCGGUGGAGACGGCGGAGUCGUCUGGGAAGGAGUUCGCCACCACGUUUCCUCGUGGCUUCGCUGUGGAGAUCCUCCAAGUCCUUAGCGGCCCGCCUGUAAUCGUGUACAAGUUCCGCCACUGGGGCUACAUGGAAGGCCCGUUCCACGGCCACGCCCCCACCGGCGAGGUGGUCCAGUUCAUUGGAACCGGAAUCUUUCACGUGGAUGACGGGAUGAGGGUGGAGAAGGUGGAGUUCUUCUACGAGCGUGGAGACUUUCUCGCGGGCUUCCUGAAAGGUGGGCCACUGGAGAGCAUCUUAGCCUCUGGUUCGCGCUGCCCUAUCAUGAACGCAUAGUGGGACGGGCGACAAAGACCGAAACAAGCUUGUUGUUCUGAACCAGCAAGUCUUUAAUGUUGCUUUUGCGUGUCAAUAAUUGCAUUGUUCGUUUAACAUCAGCUGUUUCGAUCUUAAAUAAAAUUCAACGCUGUUAUCCAACUGCUUUGUGGCCUUUCUUGA